AUGGCUGGCAUAAAGGGACUGAUUCAAGCUAUUCAAGAGUUGCUUCCAGAUGUGGAGCAUAGGAUGUGUGUGAGACACAUGUACAAUAACUUUAAAAAGCUGCAUAAUGGUUUGGCAUUAAAGGAGAGAAUUUGGGCACUUGCAAGAGCUCCUUACAAAAAUCUGUUCAAUGCUUUGAUGGAAGCUUUGAAAGCAGUUGAUGAGGGUGCAUUUCAAUGGUUGCUUGACAACACAACACCACAGCAAUGGUCCAGAGCUUACUUCAGAACCUCCCCUAAAUGUGACAUUUUAUUGAACAAUCUUUGUGAGAGUUUCAACUCCAGCAUUUUAGAAGCAAGGGAGAGGCCUAUACUAGGUAUGUUGGAAACAAUACGACUUUAUUUAAUGGUUAGAAUGGAGAAUAAGAGGGAGUGGAUGAAGAAGUAUACAGGAAAGGUAUGUCCCAAAAUUUUAAAAAAGUUGGAAAAGGUAAAAACUGCUUCUAGUGCAUGCAUAGCUACACUUUCAGGGGACUGGAAUUAUGAGGUGAGAUGUAUGUAUGGGGAUAGAUACACUUUGAAUUUGGCUAGCAGAACUUGUAGUUGUAGAAGAUGGGAACUAAAUGGCAUUCCUUAUGCUCAUGCAAUGAGUGCCAUUGCUUUGACAAAGGAGCCUCCCGAGAACUUUGUUCGUGAAUGCUACUCAAAAGAGGCCUAUAUGAGGGCAUAUGGGCCUAUAAUAUAUCCUCUCAAUGGUGAGGAUUUGUGGAAGGAUUUGAAACAGGGGCCUGUCUUGACACCUGAAACCAUCAAGCUUCCUGGUCGGCCAAAGAAGGUAAGAAUGAGAGAACCAGAUGAGCCACCAGCUGCAACAACUUCUCGAGGACAAACAAAGAGACUGUCUAGAGUUGGUCUAAUGGAUUAUAAGUGCAGAAAGUGUAAACAAAAGGGCCACAAUAGUAGGAAGUGUUCAAACAGUCAUGAUCAAGGGAAUGUCCAGCAACAAGCUACUGCGGUUCCAAGUAGCUCUCAGCCACAACAGCAGACUCCUAACACUGUGAAUCCUGGUGGUAAGAAAAUCAAGUACAGAUGUGGUGUAUGUCGAAGAUUUGGACACACUCGAAGUAGUUGUGAUUCAACAUUGGCCUCUCUCUAUAGGAGAUACCCAUGGGAACCACCUGGAUUGGCUGUAAGUAUUGUCUACUACAUGUCUACUUCUAAGACUGCAAAAAUUGCUAUUGACUGUAAGUAA